UUGAAUCGUUUUUGGAGUGGUACUUUAGUAGAUGAAUGUGAAGACUGCUAUAUCGUGUUAUAUCUUUGUGUGCAUGUAUUUGUACCAUGUACACGUUUCUGGGAAUGACUCCCUUGCCAUUAGUCCGCUCAUUUGCAGAGUUGAGGUCAGCAAGUACCACAUCAGUAUGGAAAUUUGGGUAGACCUCUACCCUUUGGCGUGGCAAUCGCUUCAAGACAAAUACCCCAAUGUCGCAGCCAAGAAUUUGGGCAAUAUGGGGUAUGAUGGGGUGGUGUCUGCCUUUAUUCCGAAGCCAGUCCAGAAGGAAGCAUACAAGACGGAAGGCGUGGCGCUGCAGUACUUCCGCAAUUGGAACGCCUCAUGGUAUCAGCCUUCCAAGUACUUUGAUUCAAUCUCAAUGAUUUCCACAGCCUUGAUCAGGCCAUGUAGCGACCCCGUGUCGAAUAUGCAAGAUGAUGCAAGCAUGAGAAGACACAUUCACUUCACCGGCGAUGCGAAUGGGACGGUCUUCAACAGCACUUCAGGUUCAUAUUCGGCACGAUGCGAUGAUGGCUACUGGUGGAUUGCACCAAGUUGCCGAGCUAACACUUCGCUUUGUGUUCCCUAUGUGAUGGCAGGGCCGGGGUGGAGCUUAGAGGAGUAUAUGCAGAAGGCGACCAUUUGGAACAUGCCUUUUGCUUUGGGUGUGGCAGCUUCUUGGAGUGCUUACACAGAAUUCCCAUUCAUCCAUCCGAAAUUGCAAAUCUAGUGGUGGACUCCAGAUCCUACAUUUUUAGAGCUUGAACUCCUUUCUGUUGUCUAUCCACCACAUGACCGAAGAGGCUACCUCAGUGGUGAUUAUCGCUCGGCAACCAGUGGCAUUUCAAUUGACAAGCUUGUCAGCAAAGACUUGAGCAUUUUGGCACCCAACGUGGAGAGUUUCGUGGGCAACAUUCUUGUGACCAUGGCCCAAAUCAAUGCGAUGCUCCUCGACCAGAAGAACACCUCCAAUAGCUGGC